UGUUUUUUAUGUUGCUCACAAAACAUAGGCGUUCGAAUUAUGUUUUUGAACGGCUAUUUGUAAAUAACAGUAGAUAGCUGACAUAAUUUGUCUUGACUGACAAGACAGCUAAACAGCUGCUGGAUAUAGUCAUACCUCGUGUAAACAAUGUCACGCUUUAAAAGAGGCGCUAAAUUAGAUUCUAGAGCAGGAUUUAGAACGGAAAAAGAGGAACCGGCUGUUCCAUAUGGACUAUUGAAAACAGCCAGAAAAAGCGGUCAACUUAAUUUAUCUGGAAGAGGGCUGGUUGAAGUCCCUCAAAGUGUGUGGAGGCUGAACUUAGACACACCUGAGGAGGCUAAGCAGAACCUGUCCUUUGGUGCAGAUGAUCGCUGGUGGGACCAGACAGAUCUCACUAAACUACUCCUCUCUUCAAACAAGCUGGAAGUUCUGUCAGAGGAUGUCAAUCUGUUGCCAGCCCUUACUGUUUUGGAUGUCCAUGAUAAUCAGCUUACCUCUUUACCCAAGUCUAUUGGAGAUUUGGAACAUCUUCAGAAACUCUGUCUGAGUCACAAUAAACUGAAAGAGUUACCAGAGGAGUUAUGGAGCUUGAAGAACCUCACCUGCCUCCAACUGCAGCAGAAUCUACUGGAGGAGCUUCCAGAGGGAGUAGGACAGCUCACUGGCCUGGAUGACAUUGAUCUGUCAAACAACCAGUUAACUGCCGUCCCUGACAGUCUGGGCAACUUGAACCGUCUGGUGAAGCUAAACCUUUCCCAUAACAAGCUGAGAAGUCUCCCCUUAGGAAUCAGCGUCAUGAAGAAUUUGAGACUGCUGGACUGCACGCACAAUCAGCUGGAGAUCAUACCCCCCAUCUUGUCUCAAAUGGCGUCUUUAGAGCAGCUCUAUUUGAGGCACAACAAACUUCAAUUUCUUCCCGAACUGCCCUCAUCAAGGCUCAAGGAGCUGCACGUUGGUAAUAACCUGAUUGAGGUGCUGCAGGCAGAGCACUUGAAACACCUGAACACUCUGAGUGUGUUGGAGCUGAGGGACAACAAGGUGAAGAUUCUCCCUGAGGAAAUUACACUACUCCAAGGCCUAGAACGCCUAGACCUAGUCAACAAUGACAUCAGCAGUCUGCCAGCUUCCCUUGCCCUUCUGCCCAAGUUGAAGAUUCUGACCUUGGAGGGUAAUCCUUUGAGAGGCAUCCGCAGAGACCUCCUGACUAAAGGGACCAAUGAACUGCUGAAAUACCUGAGGGGACGAAUAAAAGAGGAUACAGAUUGCAAAAGAGAUGAGCCUGAUACUGCCAUGACCCUGCCUAGUCAAGCAAAGGUCAACGUGCAUGCCAUUAAAACCCUGAAGACAUUGGACUACAGUGAAAAGCAGGUGGUGUGUGUUCCUGAUGACAUAUUUGAUGCUGUGGGCAGUGAGCCUGUCGCCAGUGUCAACUUCAGCAAGAAUCAGCUGGCUGCAGUCCCUCCCAGGAUUGUGGAGCUGAAGGGCUCUGUCUCUGACAUCAACCUGGGAUUCAACAAGCUGACCAGUUGUUCCCUGGAGGUCUGCAUGUUGCACCAGCUGUUACAUAUUGACUUCAGAAACAAUCUUUUGACAUCGCUGCCCAUGGAAUUUAAGUCCCUAACGAAACUGCAGAGCAUCACACUGUCAUUUAACAGGUUCAAGUUGUUCCCAGAAGUGCUGUACCAUGUUCCUACACUGGAGACCAUUCUGAUCAGUAACAACCAAGUGGUAGCCAUUGACCCACUGCAGCUCAAAGCUCUGAAUAAGCUAUCCACCCUGGACCUACAGAACAAUGACAUCAUGCAUGUGCCACCGGAACUUGGCCUCUGUUCCAGCCUAAGGGCCCUUAUGCUGGAUGGAAAUCCUUUCCGCAGUCCAAGAGCUGCCAUUGUAGCCAGAGGAACUGACGCUGUCCUGGAGUACCUACGAAGCAGAAUCCCUACAUAGUCAACUGCAUUAAAACCUACUUCAAUAGGUGAAAAGAAAAUUUGAUGAUUAGUCAGUGGGUUAUGUUUGCCUUGAAACUGACAUUACUCUGUCAAGUUCAUUCAUGCCUGACGAUUAGAAGUGUAGCUAGAUGUUUGAACGUGGUGAUUUGAAAUGUAACUUCUGGCGUUUGACCUUAUACCCACAACGUCAUUACCAGAAGGCCCUACUGUAACAGUGUUUACAUGAUCUGCCAAUUUCUAGAUUUCAGUCAUUCCAAAAUGUUGGUUAUUUUAUUACAUAAUGAACAAUGCUGUAUUCUUUUCCAAAAUGUUGUAAAAAAAAAAAACAUCAAACUGGAAUGUAUGGGUUUAAUUUAGCAAGAUCUUAACCUGAUUCCAAAAUUUUUUAGAUGUUUUAUCAUUCUUCAAAAUUCAAUAUAUUCUUUGUAAUGACACUGAAUGGGUAAAUAUGUCACUGUUUACAGUACCUUUUAUAUAUUACAAAAAAUCAGUCUUCAGUCCCUGUUUAUGCAUGACACCACUUUUUUCUAAAUUACUUAUUCUCUGUAUGCACUCUGUAAUUGUAUUCAUGAAAAACUAAAGUAGUGAGUCUGAUGAAACAUGUUUGUUUCAAUGAAUCAAACAACUACUGUAUAUGAGUUCAAAUCCAACCACAUUAAAUGUGCACAAGACAUUGAUAAUUA